AGCGGAUGUGCACAGCGGCCGGGUUGCAGUUACGGGUCGUGACGUCACCUCCGCAGGCAGCGCCGUUUGGACGCUACCGUUGGAGAAUUGGGUCCUGCUUAACACAUUUCUUUAUUUUGGGUUAUUUUUAAAACAAAUGUCAAGAUGAUUCUUACUGUUAAACCGCUCCAGGGGAAAGAAUGUAACGUACAGGUUGCAGAAAACGAGAAGGUGUCAGCAGUAAAAGAGUUAGUAUUUGAACGCCUGAACAUACCCCCGAAUCAGCAGCGAUUGCUCUACAAAGGAAAAGCACUUGCAGAUGAAUACAGAUUGAGUGAUUAUUCCAUUGGCCCAGAGGCCAAGCUGAACCUGGUGGUACGUCCAGCGGGAGAUAGAAGCAGUGGGGCAGCGGUCAGUGGUAGUAGUAGCAGCACCACCAACAGUGAUGGAAGCAGUGGCAGUGGGGUAUGGCAGUUACUGUCCACCGUUCUGGCCAAACACUUCAGUCCAGCAGAUGCAGCCAGAGUGCAGGAACAGCUCAUUAAGGAUUACGAACGCUCCCUCAGACAGCUGAGUCUAGAUGAUAUUGAACGCCUGGCUGGACGUCUGCUGCACCCUGAGACAGAAGGAAUGGACACUUCGUACAUGGACUGAGGCCAGUUAGAUCUAAGAGCACACUUUAACAGCUGAGAGAAAGCCACAACACCAACCUGCUACUUGGUUUGAAGAGUGGAAACUGAGGGUUAAUGUACGCGAUAAGGACACUUAGGAAGAAGGGAGCCAUAAGACCACCUCUGCGUAUUUUAAAGCUGGCAACUGUGGGUACCAUGCGUGCCAGUGGUUCAGCUCGAUUUUAACAGAAUUAGUCUAUUGACAGCAUUUCUGUCCUUUGUUUAUGAGCAGUGUAAUGAGAAAUAAGUAUAAUGAGCAGCACAAACCUGCCCCCAUUUUCACGCUCAUCUUUUAGUUGUCCUUCCAAGAGCUUUUUGCUCUGAAUCAUACAGAAAUGUAGUACUUCCUUUUGGAUUGCCAGCAUUUUUCCACAUGAAGGUGGCCACCAGCACUACAGAGAGCUUUUGACAUGCUACAGCUUCAUGUUAACCUGAUUUGAAAUGGGAGCGAGGCUUUUCAAGAUAUGCAGUCUCAUUCAAGUUCAUUGGCACCAGAUCAAACGUUCUACAAAGCUGCAGAAAUAUUAGUUAGCCUGUAUGAAAACUUGUGUUUGGCCAUAUGAGGGCAACUGCUCUAUUUGUAAAUAUUGUGUUUAUAUUAUUAAAAGCUACAAAACAUUCACUUGGCAGGCUUGAUAAAUUUCUUAAAAAUGAAAAUCAGGCUCCAACUGUGAAAGGAAUUAUUAAAAUAUCAACACUAGGCAUGAAUGUAUCCUUAGCUUUAUUUGUCUAUUUGGCUUGGAAGAUUACACUAACAAGUUACAAUGGCAUAAUUGGCCAAGGACACCUAUUCAGUUUCUAUUCGCAAAACUAUUUAAACCAUUUGUUCCUCAUCCUGGCGUAUAAAACUGAAGUUCUCUGAUAUACGGUCUGUGUGUAUAUAUUAAUACAAGUACAAUAGGUAAAUGUACAAAAAGGCUAAAUCAAAACAUGAAAACAAAGGCUAUGAAUGAGGACACUUGGAUGCAUCUAGAACUCUGUGCUUCUACUUUUACUGAACCCAUUCAACCCUUUCCUGUAUGACUAUUGAUCCAACAUGAACGUGUUCUUUCGUACCAACUCUUAAUAGGUUGGACAAGCUUUAAAGAAAGCUGGCAAAAAUCAAUGAUAGCCCAAUGCGAAACCACAGAACACAGCUUUGGUGUUUGUUAAAAUACCUUCAUUAUUCCCAGUAGACCCUCCACGUACUGAUUAUCUACAUAACACUGGGUUUCAGUUAAACCAACCCAUAUCGGGAAAACCAAAACUUCAAUCCACGGAAACUCGUCUGCAAAAACAACUCGUACUUUUUG